CUUCUGCCCUCCUAUCGUUCACUCCUCGCCUUCUACGCCGCCGCUCCUCCCUUGCUCGCCCCCAUCCCUCUCCUCGACAUGUUGUGCGGCAACGAUCCCGUUGACGAUGGAGGCUCUGCCCAGAUCAACUGGUCGUGUGAUGUGGGGGAUCUAGGGCGGGCUACUGGAGAAGGUGGGCAAGAGGAGAUGCAGGGUGACCUUGCGAAAGAGGGCGGGCAGACUGGGUGGCGGCAUACCCAGUCGACACGAUGCUGUCGGGGGAGAGGAUCUUGCCGCCGGCAACCAGCCUCGCCGCAUUUGGCCUCCCCAGGUACCCACACCCCUGUAGCCCCCUGAUUUUCCUCCUACCCCCUCCCUCCCCACUCCCGUUCGAAAUCGAAAUCAAAGAGAGGCAAAGCAAAUCGCACCAUGCAAAACACAGAGAGCGCCGCCAUUUCCAUCUUCCGGCGAACUCCAAAAGCGAGCGAGCGAUUCCCAUGAGAGGAGAGGAGGCGGAGAUGGCCAAGGGCGAGGGGCCGGCGAUCGGCAUCGACCUCGGGAUGACCUACUCCUGCGUCGGCGUCUGGCAGCAUGACCGAGUUGAGAUCAUCGCCAACGACCAGGGCAACCGCACCACGCCCUCCUACGUCAACUUCACCGACACCGAGCGCCUCAUCGGCGACGCCGCCAAGAACCAGGUCGCCAUGAACCCCACAAACACCGUCUUCGAUUUAGAUGCACUUGCGGAGUAAUGACAUACAUGGAGAAAUUAAUCAACCGGAUGUUGCAGCAGUCAACCAAAAUUUGCUCCAUCAAGGUGAAAACAUUGUGCCAUGUAUUUUGGAUCAAAUGUACGUGGUGUUUCUGGAACUUCGCAAGGUUUAUUUCUUAGAGAAAGCAUACAUAACUAUGGUUGUGCUACCAACACUUCGUGUAUGGUGAAGUUAUAGUUAAUAGUCUAUCGGCAUCCAUAUUGUCUUUAUCUAUAGAAGAGUUGUAUUACCUUCUAUCUACUUUGUGGAAGGUCGUUGGCAUAUUUAGUGUUGAGUUGUUCAUAAUUGUCUCCUUCCCUCGAUUAAUUAGACAAUGAAAAUUAAGUGAAACUACAGGAAAAUUGAAGAAGAGGAGGAAAAUGAUUCAGUUUGUCAUUGGAAACAUCUACUAUUACAGAUAUACUGUUUGUAUUUCUACCUAUCGAUGGUGUGAUGUUUGAAUGCUAAGAUGUCAUUUUUUUUGUCAUUACUGGGCGCUUUUGGUUAUGUUGUUAGAGUACCUGCAAACUAGCUUCAAGGUAGAUGGUAGGUUUGCUAACAAUUUGAUGUUUUUUUUGCACUGCGGCUUUGGUGCUAAUUUCUCGAAAAUAACAUGCUUUUGCAGCACCAUCUUGUUGAGCCAUGUGAUCUGAACCAAUGAAUGCAGAUAACAUCUACUAUGUUUACGUAUCACUACAUGCUGCGUUGGAACAAUGUGACAUCCUUUUUCAAUAACCAUCUGAACACAUGCAUCAUGCUUUUCUGAAUUAUUCAGUGCCACAAAUUGCAUGCUCAUUGCAAGCUUCCUUUUUUUUGCUAAAUGUUCUCUCUUACUAAACUAGGUCCAGGAUGACCAACAGGUUUGCUAACCAUUUGGUCUUUUUUGUGCAAGUUUGCUACUAAAUUCGUGAAGCUAGCUUCCUGUUCACUAUAGAAUUUUGAAAGAACGGGACUAACAAAGACAAAGGGAUCAAGUUAACAUAUUCGAACAGUCACAUGACCGAAGUUCCAUUGUUUAUAUUCAACAUCUCAGUUGCUGCAUUCUUAUUCUGUUUACAUUUGCUUUUCCGUCUGGCUUCACUUACCACUUUAUUCUCACCACACAAUUUAUGCUGAGACUGUUCUAGCAUGACUAUCUUCUACGUAACUAUGCUCCACUCAAUGCUUUUACAAAACUGAAUCAAAACAAAUUACCUUUGUUUAAGAAUCUGUUUUGACAAUGACAUGAAAGUUGGAACUCGGAGAAUUUCAUUUUCAACCACUGCACCAUAUGUUCCUCUUUGUGUUACAGAUAAAUUCAUACACUGCAAUGCUGACUAUUUUCUCUUACCACGGGACUGCAUUUCUUCAAACUAUGCUGUUUUUUAGUAAUUAGGCUCUUCAUAAUUUCCAGUGCUGCCAGCAGAAACUAAUCUGAUCCAUCAACCAAUUAUAAAAUAUCAUGUGAAUAUUUCAUUAGGCACUACCAGACAGAUACUUAUUCACUGAAUACUUUCAAUACUUGUCAUUGAGUGUGUGAUUUUUUUCUAACUGAACAAGAUUUGUUUUUCAUUUACUGGACUAUAUGAUAAUCUUCAUAUCUACAACCUAAUUUCUAUUUCUACUGUCGUUCCUUUACUUCCAACUCUCAUUAUUUACAUUUCACAAUUCACCAAGCGUGGCCUUUUCUAUUUAGAUUUUCUUUUCCACCUAAUUUCAGUCAACAUUUUAUUCUGACGACAAAAUCUGUAAUGCAAUUGUUCAAGCAUGAUCAUGCCAUGCAUCCACAUGUUUCAUUCCAAACUUUUACAAAACUGAAUCAAAAGGACCUACCUUAAUUUUACGAAUUUGUUUAUACACUCACAGGAAGGAUGUGGUGCUGGUUAUUUUACAUACAUCGUUAUUGCAUCAAUAUGAUAUGAACUGACGGCAUUUCAUUUCCAUAUGGUACAGUUAAAUUCACGCACUGCGCUAGUGCGUGUAAAUUUCACUUCUUAUAUCAUUGCUGCUUCCUGGAUAUUUUUCUAACAUACCGCAUAAUAUAAUUGUCACCAUACUACGUUCGAUUCUACUGAAAUUAGCAUGUGUCAUUUAUAUUGCAAAACCUGCUAUGGUUACUUCUCUGGCUAACAAUUCUGUCAAUACACGCUCCACAGCACGACGAGGACAAACAUCAUCCGCAGCAAACACAUACGAUAGUUGUCAUGUAACAAACACCACUGCCUCGCUUCUCAUACGACUGAAACAUGAUCUCCAAAUGCAAUGUUGGAACACCUGGCGGAAUUCAGUACUUUGGAGAGCUUGAAGAGCAUUGUUAUUGGGGCAAUGAGCGCCAUGCUGAUGCAUGCCUACACAAUUUAUGGCUUACUGAAUGGUAUGGUAGCUUUGUAGGAUAUGUCUCAGAAUGCACCAUGCCAAGAACUGGUAGACAUUUUCCUCACAUAUUUCAUGGUGAUUUUACAAUUUGAGCAUUUGGCUUGAAUAUUCUUUAAACUUUCCGUCCUUGUGUUCUUAUUGUUUUGGUGUAGCACUUCAUGUCACAAUUGAAUGUUGAAUUCUUACCAUUGCAUAACUUGCAGUAUAUGUUGAUUCAUUACUUAAUGAGUA